CAGUAUUAUUACAAAAUGGCUACAGUCGCCAUGUUUGUGUUAUACAUUGACAGUUAUGAUUAAAGAAUUUUUAGGUUGAUAUGUUGAUAAAAUAUUAUCACGCAAUAUCAUAAAUGUUUGGUGAUUUGUUUUACUUGAUGUACAAUGUUAAAAUUGCCAGACUGACGGAUUAAAGCAGGAAGUUUUUCAUACAUUCAAGAGUCAGAAUGUCAGACGGAUCAGAGUUGAGGAACCCUCUCUAUAGAAACUGGGUUAGGGCAGCUCUUGGUUUGAAGUAUCUGCAACAAGGUCUAGCAGGCUUUGUCAACAACCUUUCAGAUCAACGUCAUCAAACACACCUUUAUAGUUAUCGUAAGGUCACGGGGUCACCUGCACAUUCUUGUACCGAAUGUACCGCCGACAAUCUGCUACCAGAACAUCCGAGGAAAACCUGUCUCCACAAAUACCGAUCUAAAUGCUUCUGUAAUAGUCCAGUAGGAAGACGAUCAUGUCCAAAUAACUUCUGCAGUCGAUUUUAUGAUUUGAUUGUUCUCGAUCAUGAUGAAAGGAAUCCAGUUUGGACCAAUACUGACCCAAGCAGAUGGCACAGCGAUCACUGGUCAUUUGCACGAUGUUUUCUGGCUACAGUAGGGUACCAUGACAAACUAUCAGCAGCAGAUACUGACGCAGCCGGUCUCCUGUCCAUUCUCCAAAACAACAUAGAAUUCAGAGCUUCACUGGACAAUGUCAGUAACUUUGAAAUGGCAAGAAACACUCGAAAUAAUGUUGUACAUUCAGCUACUUUUGAAAUUGAAGAAGAAGAACUAGCUUCAAUCAUAGAACAGUUUAUUGGAAUAUUGCAAGAUAAGAAAUCACUGAUCAAUGACGCUGGCGCCCAGCAAGCAGUCUAUAAUCUUGAAAAGCUAAAACGGGAUGAUGUUUACAUAAGUUGUCAAAAAGGGGAAGAGCUCCGUAGAGAAGCUAUGCAAGCCAUUACAGAAAAGAAAGAGGAAGCUCUGAGAGAAAUUGAUCAAAAAACAUUCGAGAGUCUCCAGGAUAUUGCAGAGGCAAAAAGUCAGAACACAAAGAACCUAAAAGCUACUCAAACACAAACUGUUGAAAAUCCUACAACAUUGUCAGAGAAAGAAAAAAAAGAGCUGCAGAGCUAUUUGAUAGACCUAUAUCGUAAGGAUUAUCUGAAGACUGAUCUUUCUCCCCUUCUGCCUGGGGUAGAAAUUGAUUUGGAAAAAGUAUACGUUCCUUUGAAAAUGGAACGGCGCAGAGGUAACAGUGUUAAAACAACAAACAUACACUCGCUGCAUGGUGUAUUUCAUUGCAAACGUAUUCAGGCAAAAACAAUUUUUAUUUCCGGAGACGCUGGAAUGGGUAAAACAACAUUUUGCCGAAAGCUAAUCUCGGAAUGGUGCCAUGCUCACUCAACGUCAUCGGACAUAUCUGGGAAUACACAAAAACACAGAGGUACGUUCCUAAGUAUUACUUCUCAGAAAAAUAUUUCGGAUCAUACUGAAUCUAGUUCUGGGAGUAGCAGUUCUGUAUCAGCAGAUGGGAAAAUUGUAGCAGACGUACAUGAUACAGCUGACUUAAUUGGGACAACAUUAACUGAUAAAUAUAAAGUUAUGAAGCAGUUUGAUUUUCUGUUCUUUGUUUCUCUUCGAGAUACUUACAAAGAACGGUCAGUUGAAGAGAUGACACUGAAUCAGCUACUUAGAACAAAGAAAAUGAGAGAACAUUUCAAGUUUCUGGUAGAAAAUGAGACGGAGAAAAUUUUAUAUAUUCUAGACGGAUUAGAUGAAUGGACACCCCAAACUCCAUUACCAAAGCAUCCGAACGUUACCAAGGGCUUGCCAGUGAGUUCUUUGGAUGGACAUUUUACCACUCUCUUUACAAGUCGUCCUUGGAAAGUAGAAAUGUUAAGACCUAAACUAAGAGAAUACGAUUUUGAUCUUAGCAUUAUAGGAAUUGAGAAGACAGAUUCAAAACGUCUGGUUUGGUUAAUUUUUGACGAAAUAAUUUCGGAUAAAGAUGAGAUUGAUACCAACGCAGUAAUGUUCUUGCAAGAAGUGGAGAAAAUGGAAAUGGAAUGCCUUUGCUCUGUCCCUCUGCUGCUAAAGCUGCUCAUCUGCCUUUGGGAAAAGGAUCAAGAACUAGCGGACAGUCAGACAGGAAUUUACAGUUCAAUCAUCAGCAAGUUGUGCUCUUUAGCUGUCAAGCGAUUUUCAGACAAUGAUAAAUUUCAACACUGGGUAUCACAACUAGAGGGAAAAGACCGCAUACUUCCUCCUAGUCUGAACCAUGAGUCAGCCUUGCUGAAGUUCGCUGCGUUGAUGUAUACUCUUGGCAAGUUUUCAUUCGAAAACAUUUCUCAUAAAAGCCAGGGUGGAGCUCUUGUAUUUAAGGACAAAGACUUAACUGAUCAUGGUCUAUCUGAAGCUGAAUAUGAAUUGAGUUUGAAGAUUGGUUUGCUAUCAAAAAAGAAAGUUAUUGGAAGCUUAAAAAUGUCUCCUGUCAGAUGUAUCAGUUUCAUGCACAAAACUUUUCAAGAAUAUUUUGCAGCAUUAUACAUUUCAAUGGUAUUUGAACAGAAUAGGACAGUAGAUGAAAAGGUGCGAGAAUAUUUUACAUCGUCUGAAACCAUUAUGGGUCUUUUGAGGGUUAUAACAUUUGUCAAGGAAAUGUGUCCAGCACUUAUUGACAAGGCUACUGAACAAGUAGGUAUAAACGAAAAAGACUUUAUAAUAACCAUUGAAGAAAGUAAACUGACUUUGCAGGCGAACUUGAAUAACAAUACAAAACUCGUGGCUGAAUUCUUUAUGACAUAUCAAGUUCAUGAGAUUUUAGUGAAAUCAUCAAAUUUUGGAAUAUAUUAUCUUCGACCUCAGAUGGAAAUGAGAAAUCUUGAAGUUCUAGAAUUUCACACCGUCAAAAUGACAUCAUCCGCAUUGAAGCGGAUGUUAGAAAGUUUACCAGAAACAUCAAGCGGUGUAUCUCUGAAGUUAUGCCAUGUCGUUGUGAGAAACCCACGUAGCGGGCUUGAUUACAUCCAUGUUUCAAUUACUUUAAAUAAUCUUAAAUCUAUUGAAAUAGAUUUUAUGAAUAUGUGUGGGAUAGAGACACAGUUUUCAAAACACAUGAAAACAAUAGACUGUGUGAAGUAUCAUGAAGUCGAUAUGAAUGAGAAAGAGCUUGAACAACUGUUGGGUAGCAUUCGUGAUACAGAUAAAGAUAUUGUUCUGAUGUUUAAUGACAUACAUCUUAAAAAUGUCCGCAAUGAGGACAGUAAUAUAUUAUCACAGACAAUAAAUCGAACGACAAAUUUUCAAGAAUUUUCUUUUGAAACUAAAUAUCUCAAAGGAGUUACUUUCUUCUGGUCGGGAAAGCAACUUAGUUGUAUGAAUAUGAGGUUUUCCGAAGCUACGAAGCCGGUGGAUGAGCUAUGUGUGUUAAUGGAACGUGUUAUAUUAGACGGCGAUCUUGCAACUAUUUUCACAAUAAAAACAAAUGAUUCUUUUCAGAAAACAAACUCGUUGAAACUAAUAAACAUUGAAAUUAAAGACAAUGUAUUAUGCGAACUGCUACAAAACGAGAAGAUGGUUCGGCUCAGAUCAUUACAACUUUACAAUAUCACUAUAACUCAAACAUCAAGUCAUACACAGCAGUUAGCUCUGCCAUGUGAAGUAUUAGGUAUUAAGCGGGGAAAUAUUUUCAACAAUAUGUCAAUACGAUUUAGCAAGGCAGUGUCGUCGAUAUCUGUAGAAAAUGUUACUAUGCCAAUAAAAUGUUGUCUUGAACUACUUAGUGGUGUAAAAAGAGAACAUUGUAAAUUAGAAUUAAGAAAUGUAUCAUUCACAAACAUCUUACACUCUUUACAUGGUCCCAGCAACUCGGAAUCAAAUAUAAAUGGCACACUGUGUUCAGAAUCCUUAGCCAUAUGUCAGACAGAUAGAGCAGAGAUCGAAAAUGAUUUAAACGAAGCACUUGUAUGGAUUAUAUUGGGCAGCAACAUUGAUUCAUUUACACUGGACAGUAUUUUUUGGACAAAUACAUGUAGCUCGGGCGAACACAUUGAUUUAAAAGAAGUGUACCAUUCUAAAUGUCAGGGUAAUCUGCAAAGUAGACAAAUGUUAAAGAGUUUGUAUCUGAGACGAAUCUCUUUGACUGAAAAGUGUUUAUGCUCUUUAUUUGAUUAUAUUUCUUCUGCCUCAGUCAGGCCAGCUUUGGCGUUCUUUGGUGGACCAGAAGUACAUUUUGAGUUUGGUCCCGAUAUGACGGAUAUUCGCCUAGAAGAUCUAACUUUGACAACGCAUGCUUUCAGUGUUUUGAUUGGGAGUCGGUAUGGAGUCAGAAAUAAAUUUCGAGAAAAUAUCUUAUCAGUUGUCCUCGACAAUAUUACUCUGAUAGAUACAUUCAACUCAUAUACAGAAGUAACUUGUAAAUUUCCAAGAAUCCUAACAAUUAAACGGACGAAUCUUUUAGAUUUAGCUGUAUUAUUCCGUUCAGAUUCGGAUGCCCUUCAAUACUCACACUUAACUGAAAUACUUUUUGAAAAUGUCACUUUGACUGAGAAAGCUUUAUGCAAAAUGAAUGAGAGUGCACGGGAAGUAUUUCCUUCUGUUGAAGUGGAACUAGAUGAUGAUAACACAGCAAAUUGUAAAACUAUAAAGCGGAUGAGACUUCGCGGACUGGAUGACCCUCUACCCGAGCUUAUUGGUAGUGGUUUAUUUGCAUCAACAAUAGAUAUAAAAAGGACCAACAUUUGAUACAAAAAUAGGCAAAUCUUGAAAAAUAGUUUCGGUCUUUUCGAUUAAGUUUUUGCAUGUCUUUGUGAAAUUGAAUAACGCAUUUAAGUUAUGUUAAACUACACGAUGUAUCUUGAUUUCACCACCAUUUAAAUUACAAAUUUGCUGUCCCAUGGGUAUUCGUCGUGAAGUGAGAUGCAUAGACUGCCUCUUUGUGGAGAAGGAUGACGAUACGAUGAUUUUUGCCAAUCGUUCACAAGUUAAUAUAAAAUACUACGUGUAAAACAUUUACUUUUUUAUUUUAUAGACAGUGAACACAACAUUGUCCAUUUGUUAUUUGACUUAUCUCAUGGGAGGGCCGUCAUUAAUGUUGGAAAAAUCGGUUGUCAUAGCCAUUUGGUUUAGGUUUGAACCAGCUUGCAAUAUGCGUGUUUAUUGUAAUGUGUUGUGUCUGUCUAUGUGCAUUGUUUUAUGCAUUUACGUUAGCUAUAAAAUAGCAGCAAAUCGAAUAUUAAGUGAUUUAACAAUAUAUAUUGAUUAUAUAAUUGCAAAUUCUUUUUCAAUAAAAAUAAUGUUUGCUAAAUA